GAAUCCGGUGGCGACCCCAGCUACCUUAUCCACGAAAAAUCACAAGCAUCUGACUUCUUGCUUACGUGGUCUUAUCCAAACUCGUACUCCGGAUCAUCCAACAAAAGCCCAACUCCAUGAUCAUCGUCAUCACUUCCAAAGUUGCACUGAAUGGCUACUACGAUUCCUCUCCAAGCUCUAUUCAGUCCAACCUCGUCGGUCCGACGAGUAGCUGCGUGUCGCCGAUCCAUAUCCGGCAGCUUCCCACUGCAGCCAGCAUCUCUGGGUUUAGUACUGUCGAGGGGUAAGGAGAACAUAUACCAGAGAAAGAUUAAUGAGAAGAGACGUUCGACUGUGGUGUGCGCAGUAGGGGAAGUCUCGGCUGAUGCAAAUACAUAUCUGAUCGCAGGCGCGGUGGCCGUGGCACUGCUCGGAACGGCUUUUCCCAUUCUCUUCUCUCGCAAGGAUAUAUGUCCAGAAUGCGAUGGUGCAGGAUUUGUGAGACAAGCAGGGGUGACGCUGCGGGCGAAUGCGGCAAGGAAGGACCAGACUCAGAUCGUUUGCGCUCGUUGCAAUGGCCUUGGCAAGCUUGGUCAAAUUGACAAAUAGAAUCCCAAGUCUCUCAAAUUUCACACAAAUCUAAUAGCCAUUCAAGAAGAACACCCCCCCUCCCCCCAAAAAAAAAGCACUAGAAUUAGAAUUAGGAGAAGCUCCUGUAAAGUUAUAACAACUGUUUGUUCUUCGUUUCACGUUAUUUCUGUUGAAUGUUAUAUUAUAUCAUACUGCGUGACCAAACAAAGGUACAAAUGGGCAACUCAUUGCAUUCCCUUUCCA